GGUCUGCUUCUCGAGUCGAGAGCGUGGAGGGGAAGAAGGACCGUUAAAAAUGGCGAAUUUAGGGCUUUUCUCUCACUCCGAUGUCAUCAUCUUCUCCUUCCGCAAGAGCCCUCCCUCCCCACCAGCCAAGCCGUACGUGACCAGAGCCUAAAAAGCUCUGCUUAACUUCGAUCCACUCCCUCCCUCUCCCUCUCCCUCUCCCCUCCCUCCCUCCCUCUCUCGCUCGCCUUCGCAUUUCCACCGAGCACCCUCAAGGAAUCGCCGGUGGGUGAAACGAUGGCCGAGGCUUCCAAGGUGAUUCACAUUCGCAACGUGGGUCAUGAGAUUUCCGAGAACGAUUUGCUUCAGCUCUUUCAGCCGUUUGGAGUCAUUACUAAGCUUGUAAUGCUCCGUGCAAAGAAUCAGGCUCUCCUCCAAAUGCAGGAUGUACCAUCUGCUAUCAAUGCUAUGCAGGUUUACAGCAAUGUCCAGCCAACAAUCAGGGGUAGGAAUGUGUAUGUCCAAUUUUCAUCCCAUCAAGAAUUGACUACUGUGGAUCAGAACACUCAGGGUCGAGGAGAUGAGCCAAAUCGAAUUGUCUUAGUAACUAUACAUCACAUGCUAUACCCUAUAACGGUGGAAGUGCUGCAUCAAGUGUUUUCUCCUUAUGGAUUUGUAGAGAAGAUUGUCACCUUUCAGAAGUCAGCUGGUUUUCAAGCCCUUAUCCAGUAUCAAUCACGACAGAGUGCUGUCUCAGCUAUAACGGCUCUUCAGGGACGUAAUAUUUAUGAUGGUUGUUGUCAGCUGGAUAUCCAGUACUCUAAUCUUGAUGAGCUGCAAGUGAACUUCAACAAUGAACGGUCAAGGGAUUUUACAAAUCCAAAUCUGCCUGCAGAACAGAGAGGCAGAUCAUCACAACAAGCUGGAUAUGGGGAUGCUGGAGGUAUGUAUCCUUUUCCAGCUUCUGGAGCCAGUACAGUCGCAUUUCCACAGGUGCCCAAUGCUGCAGCAAUUGCAGCUGCCUUUGCAGGAGGCUUACCCCCCGGAGUUAGUGGGACAAAUGAUAGGUGUACUGUCCUCGUCUCCAAUCUUAAUCCUGAUGGAAUAGACGAGGACAAGCUUUUCAACCUUUUUUCUCUUUAUGGAAAUAUUGUCAGGAUUAAACUUCUUCGAAAUAAGCCAGAUCAUGCACUUGUUCAGAUGGGUGAUGGCUUCCAGGCUGAAUUAGCAGUACACUUUCUAAAGGGGGCCAUGCUUUUUGGGAAGCGAUUGGAGGUUAAUUUCUCAAAGCAUCCGAACAUUACUCCUGGUGCUGAAACACACGAGUAUAGCAAUUCGAAUCUUAACCGCUUCAACCGUAAUGCGGCAAAGAACUACCGGUAUUGUUGCUCUCCUACGAAGAUGAUCCACCUCUCCACUCUUCCCCAGGAGAUUACAGAAGAGGAGAUUGUGACACUCCUGGAGGAGCACGGUGCCAUUGUUAGUACCAAGGUUUUUGAGAUGAACGGGAAGAAGCAAGCCCUAGUUAUGUUUGAAACCGAGGAGCAAGCCACCGAAGCUCUUGUGUGCAAGCAUGCCAGCUCUGUGGCGGGGUCCAUAAUCCGAAUUUCCUUCUCUCAGUUGCAAGCUAUAUGAGGGAAGACAGCAGUUCAAGGUGAUGAUCACGAUGUCACGAUGCCUGCAUCGGGCUUAGUUUUCUUAGGACCCUUUAUUUAGAGGAUCUGUUAAGGUUACUAGCUGCUUGGACUCAAUCACGAGAUGAGAAUUUAAUGGCUUCUUGCAUGGAAGGUUGCUCCGUCCGACGAUGGCUCGGGCGAAUUCUUGUCUUCUCUCGUACUUGUACCAGCAUUUCCAUUCCUGUAUUUGUGCCAAUCUCCAUCCUUUUGUUGAACUGUUAACCGUACUUUUUUCGAUUUUGGGGAUUUUCCAUUGAGCUCUUUUGCUCUUGCCUUAUGAUAUGGAAGCAACUUGCGUACAUAAUCCUUGCUUUGGCGAGCUAAAAAUUCCUUGAGGCUAUAACUAGUCUUUUGGAGACGGCCAGAUUGGCUCUUUGUAUUUCUGGCAACCUUUGCAUUUGGAGAUUAUUGAACUUGGGAAAUCGGUGAUUCAUGGUUU